AUAUAUGAUUUUUCUACUCAAAAUUAUUUUUUUUUAAACUAAGUGUGAGUGUCUCUCAGAGUAGAACAACACACGGAUAAUUAACCAUCCCGUAGUAUGAGGAGUAUUCAAAAUGCCUGAAGCGCUCAGUUUAUAGUGCAAACACGCUCCAUUUAAUAAAUGACAAUUCAAAGCUGCAGACAAACAGAGUCAGCAAACAAACGAGACUUGUAAGGAGUUUUAGGAAUAUUACUAGUUCAUUACUGGCUGUUGAGGUAUUUCAAACACCAUCAAGAGGAAUCACCGCCAGCACCAAUAUAUCACUGCCUAAAUCGGUUUGCUCCUUCAGGAAAAAACAUCAACACCUUGAAAAAACGUCUUUGGGCGGUAAUGAGUGCAUGCGUUUAUCGAUUUUUUAAGAACAACAUCAAGGCGUAAUUUGGCUCUUGUCUCAAGUAGCGGUACACCAAGAUGACUCUAUCGCCUUCAGGCCUAAACCUUGCACUUGCGGUGGUUAACUCGACUCUUAACGCUACGGUAUCACCUGCAGCAGUGGAGGUUAACUAUGUCGUCGGGGUCGUCGUGGAACUUGUGAUCCUACUGCUCGUUGUCGGCAACUUAUUAAUGGUCAUAACGCUGUUGCUAUACAAGCCAUCAUCGACCACGGACAUUUUGCUGUGUUCGUUAUCCGCCGCGGACCUCAUUAACGGACUAAUCCCGCUACAGGUCCUCAACAUUUACAACAGCUUCAUCGGGCGCGAUCAAUGGACGCUUGGGGUAUGCGGGUUGCUUAUAUGGAUGACAUACACCCUGCGUUUUGCAUCCGUGUUGACCAUCACUCUAAUAUCUGCGGAGCGCACGCUGAUGCUUGCGCGCCCAUUACAACAUCACACGAUAGUUACCCCGGGGAAAGCACGCGUUGCUGUAGGCGCUACGUGGACGGUUUCAGCCUUCUUAUCCGCGCUACCCUUCAUGGGAGCAGGAAAGAAUGGGUUUUCAGCUGGCUUUUGUUACUACCAGUUGUACGAUCUUGGCCUGGCAUACGGGGUUGUGGUGGAAACUAUCGGCUUUGCGCAGCUUGUUCUAGUCCUACUGUGUUUCAUCGCGAUCAAGAUUUCAAGCUGGAAAUUCACGAGGCGACAGGAGUGCAUGGCGGCGGUGAAUAUGACUGGCAAAAGUCAAUCAGACGCCACGAGUGGGACCAAACAGGUCAAGCAGUUAGCCACGAUGAUGGCUAUAGUUGUCGUGUUGUACUACCUCAGCUGGCUCCCCUACCUGCUGAUGAACCUCGUGAGCCUCGCCCAAGGUCGGCUUUCGCACUCACUGGAGAUCAUCAUAGGCAUGCUGUCACUGGUCAGCGCCCUCAUCAACCCACUGCUGUAUGGGAAGAUGAGCCUGCGGUACAGAAAAGGCUUCUUGUUUAUAUUCAAGAAAAUUGCUGUGAUUUGUGGAGGGAAACAGCCAGACGGAUCAUUCUUUGAUGGAGCACGCCGAGGUUCCGUUGCCAUUCCCUCUUCAUACUCCUUAGCAGCUAAGCGGGGCAGCUAUGCCUCAGUACUGGAUGGAGUCAGCAGUCAACAUGCUAACGCGGGCUAUGAUGACGAUGAAGUCUCGCACCAGGCUCUCAAUACAACCUCGACAACCUUGGUAUUGCCAACAGACAAAGAUGCGGAUCCCAAAAAACAUGACAAAGGAGAAGAGGAGAUUAUGGAUGAAGAUGAUGCGCAUGGUAUAGCGAUAUACCCCUUGGAAUCUCUGGAAAAAGAAAGUGAGAUACCUGAUGGUGGAGACGAUGAUAUCAUGAUUUACCCGAUCAGCGAGCAUGAUCAGGAAUCAGGAAUAAAGGAAAGCAGUAUAAAAAGUCAGCAAUUCAAUGAAGGCAAUACUGAUGGCGCCCCUAUUGUUAAUGAGCUCCAACCCGAAGCAAGACCUUUAAGCAGCUUACAGUCAAGUGAGACAGAGAAGGCUGUAUCUGCCCUUGUAGACCCAGAUAGCUACAGAAAUAUGUGGAUUGAAGAAGUGAAGGAGACAGAUACUGAAAGUAUGGAAGAUGGAUUUAGUGAUGGGGGUAUUAGCAAUGGGUACAACAUCAUAAGCAAUACAGAAUCCAAAUUUACAGAGCUCUCUAGGAACUCCCCUGAAGUAUCUCGUGAUGAGAAAGAGAGGAAUGUCCAGAAUGACAGUGAUGAUGCUAGUGAGAGCUUGAAUGAAUCAGCUUUUGGCGAUGACCACACAAGUCGGAUAUUGGAUGAACUUUUCUCUGGACUGGAAGAUGAUACUGAUGCAGAUACAAUCAAUGGUGGUGAUGGAAAAGAAUCCACAGGUAGCCAGGAUGACCAUGAUGCUAGUUGGAAAAAGCUUCAAUGUAGUCACCCUAGAACCAAUGGUGAAGAUGACGACGACCGUAAUGAUGAUAAUGUGAAUGUAGCUAGUGAGGAAGAGAGUUUAGAAGGUGAUGACGAUGAUGACAAUGAUGAGGAUGACAACAGCGAUGACACUUCCAUAGUAAACAUCCUUAAUAAAAGAGAAGAUGAUCAUAAUACAAUCAAUAGAAAUCAAAACGGUAAACCAUUAAGUGAUUAUGAUAAUCGUGAUGCUGGCAGAAACUCAAGUAAAAGUAGUCACAUAGAAGAUGAAGACAAUCAUGGGGGUACUAACCCAUUCACUGUAAGAGAAAAGGAUAAUGUGAUGGGUGAAGCUUACAGAGAUAGUUCUGCCAUGAAAACUGCUGGUAAAAACAAUGAUAUUCAUGACGAUGAUGAUGAUGGUGAUGAUAAUGGUGAAGAUGAUGAUGAUGGUGACAAUAAUAAUGAUGACAAUGACGGUGGUGAUGAUGAUAAUGAUUAUGAUAGCAAUGAAACAAUGGCUUUCAAAAUAGAUCGCAAAGGCUGGAAUAACAAUGGAGAUGACAACGAGAAUAAUACUAAUACCACUGGUGAAUGCGAUGAUGUCCACAUAAAAAAUACAGAUGGUAAAAAAGAUGAUGACAGUCAAAGGGUUGGUGAAAAUAGUCUGGCAAUGGACACCUUUGCUGAUGACUUUAAUGAUGAUGAUGACGAUGAUGUUGGGGAUAGAAAUGAUGUGUCUUCAGGUACAUCAAAUAGAUCUGAAGGUUCUUCAAAAAAGGGCAAAGACUUGCAUGCAAGUAAGGAAGUAAAAAAGGGAGUUUCAAAGGAGGAUACUAAAGAUAACAACAUGAAUAUGAUACGCUCAAGAGCUCUAUCCACAACUAGCCUUGAAGUGCACAUGGGAAUCAUCUAAAACAUAUAUUUACUAUGCCGGGUACCUGAGGCUUCAAAUGUGAUUGCCGGUUCGCGUCUCUAGGGAAGUGAAGCUUUUAAAUUAUGACCAGAAAAACCUUGAAUGCUAAAAACAAUGUUGAAACCAACAUUGUGAGAUGUCCUCAGCAUAAAAAGUCUAAUGAAACAGGCCAAUCCCUUGAAUUCAUGUUUACUAUUAGUCAGGAGACAUUUAACAUUUCUUGCAUGUUUGUGAUUCCUCACAUGUAUGUGUUUUACUGGUUGUGCUAAAAACCUGAUACAGAUAUAUGUUAAUUCAUAAUUAUGCUAUCAAAUAUCAUACAUGAAUCAUUCAGUGAUAAUACAAUGUCUAUAUAUAAA